AUGGUUUUAAAGGCAGAAUAUACCAAGGGACCAAGUGCAACCCUUCCGUCCAAUGUGCCUUCAUGCAGGUCCCUAUCCAGUGAAGAUGGCCCCAGUGGCCACUCUAGCCUCUCAGGUGGGGAGCUUGCCCGAAACUUACAGGAGAGCAUAAAACACCGCAUUCUGUACCUCUCAGAGCAACUGAGAGUGGAGAGGGCCAGUAGGGAUGAGAACACCGUGGGCUACCUCAAGCUGGUGUCCAAAGCAGAUCGGCACCAGGCCGUGCAUAUCCGGCAGGCCUUUGAGAAGGUCAACCAGCGUGCCUCUGCUACCAUCGCCCAGAUAGAGCGAAGGCUCCGCCAGUGUCACCAGCAGCUCCAGGAGCUGGAGGAAGGAUGCAGGCCCAAGGGCUCAGUGCAGCCAGCAGAAAGUAGCCUGGACACCCAUGAGCAGCCUGGUGAGAAGGCCCAGUUCACAGAAUCCCUGAAGCAGAAUGGAGAGGACUGCCUGCCUGCUAGCCUGCCUGACAUCAUCAAACACUUCACUCUGCAGAUGCGCGUCCCAGGCGUGCAGCAGGGAAGGCUGUCAGAGAAAUAUUUGGCCCGGCAACGAAACCUGCUGUUGCAGAAGAUAAAAGAAGAGCUGAAAGAGGUCAAACAGUUCCACGUUGGCCUCCGGGCAUCCUACAAGAGCCUAAAGGAGAGGUACCUGACAGACCUGCAGGUGUCGCUGGAAUCCCUUCAGGAGGACAAAUGCCGACAAACAUUGCUGGAAGAGCAAGUGAAUGACCACCUGCAGGGCCACCUGGAUGAGAUCUACUUCCUCAGACAGAGUCUGGCCUGCACUGAGGAGAAAAUGGCCUAUCUGUCCUAUGAGAGAGCCAAGGAAGUAUGGGAGGUCAUGGAGACUUUCAGGAGCCGAAUGUCUACGCUUGAAACUCUACAGCAAGUCACCCAACUCGAGUUGAUGGAGAGCCUCAGAAGCCGUCCCCAGGAUUUUUUGUAUAGAUUCGUCAGCCUGCUCCUCACACUGGUCACCCUCCUCCUGGUCUCUGUCUCUGCUGUGUGUGCCUUCCCUACGCCACUGCUGAGUUCACGCCUGCGCACUUGCACCACACUCAUGCUGCUUGGGCUCGGGGCCCUGGCGUGGCAGAAGUUCACCUCAGACUGGCAGGAGUGGGUCCCCUCCAUAUGGAGACUAUACUCCAAGGACUCCAGGCCUCCAUUUGAUGGACCUUAA